AAUAAUAAUAAUAAUAAUAAUAAUAAUCUUUAUCUUUCUAAGCCUGCAUGGGGCUGCACAAGGGCCUUGCCCUAAUUCUUUGAGCACAAUCCUGGCCUCUUCCCACAACUGUCAGGUUGGAUCAAUUUAAGGCCCUAAGGGAACACGGAGCUCUUCCAGUGUAACCCCCCUCACACUGUACCAAGAAGGGUCUUCAGUCUCAGUCAGAAAGUACUUGAGAGCAGAGGAAAAAAAAAAAAAGGGAUUCAUCAGAGACUGCAUCUAAAAUGAGUUUAGACUCCUUAUUCCAGCACAUCAUAUUUACUGAACAUCAGGCAGAAGAGAGUCGUCGUUUGAGGCAUGAAGUACGAGUGGAAAUAAGCAAGUGUCGGGAAAAAAUUCAUAAAGUAACAGAAGAAUUGAAAGAAGAGAAAAUGAAAUCAGAAACUAAGUCUCAUCAGUUUUCUGAAAAAGCCUUCCUCCUCGAGCUUUUGAAGACACAUGAAAAUGGCUUAGAAAAACAGUAUGCAGAAAUUAAAAAUGAAAGGAAUAUACUUCUCCAAACCUUUGAGACUAUGAAGAAAAAAAUAAAAGAAGAGGAGGAAAGAUUUACUAAGGAGAUUACAAACUUCAAUAACGAAUAUGGAUUAAUAAAUAAAAGAGAACUUUUGAUUAGAGAAAAAGCCAAGAUUGAAAUAUCUGAUUUAGAGAAACAAGAAAAUAUUUUAAAAAGCGAAAUGAAGUCAAUGGAACAUAAGAGCAUUCAAUUAAAUGAACUUCAGCUACAAAAGAAUGAAUUGAUGCAGGAAUUAUUUAUUCUUCAGAAAAAAGUUAAAGUUAUUGAAAAUAACAUAAAUGAAGCUAUAUGUACCACCAAAUUUUUAGAGGAAGAAAAGUUCAGAAUCAGCAACAAGCCUCAGAAUGACCCUGAAUGUAUAAGACUUAAAAAAGAAUUAGAACUUUAUAAGGAAGAAGACAUGGAAAGUGUUUAUGAAGCUCUCCGAUCAGAAAUAGAGUUUUUGGAAUUGACAUUGUCACAGAAAAGUCUUCAAGCACAACAAUAAAAUGUAUGGAAAAUUGAUCCACCUAACACAAAAUUAAAUAUUUUUAAUACUGAUAUGGAUUAUACCCAUCACAGCAGAUUCUUGUUGAAAAGCAUUGAUACCAAGAAUUGUUUUCUUGACAAUUUAAAACAAUAAGCAUUUAUUUAUAGUUGUGAAAUGCAUAUGAUAUACAUUAGAGAUUUGGGGUUGUCCUCAGGCCUGUGCUUUCUAGCUGUUGAUCUGUCAUCUCUAUGCAUUCUAUAGUAUCUAUAAAUCUCUGCUUUCUAUUCCUUACCACAAUUGAUUUUGGAAUUCAUCAGAAAUAUGCAUUGUAAAAAAUGCUUUGGUUAUUGACCCCAUUUUACCAUUGCCAUUUUCCUACAAGAUGCCUACUUUCAUUUCAAUCUUCUUCUAAUAAAGAUAU